CCCCAAUCCAAAACCCUUCUGUUAUUACUUUCCCUCCCACAUUUUCCCUCACUUUCUCACUAUCCAAACACACAACAUGAGUCUUCUCUCUCCACUAUCCUUCACACCCAAACCCCUAAACCUAAUCUCAACCACCACAAUUCAACCAUUCCUCUUCUCCUCAUUAAGAUUCUCUCCAAUUUCACACAAUUUCCCCAAAACUUUAACUAAAAAGGCCAAAUUUAUACCCAAAGCCGACGAUGGCGACGCAGAUGAACCCGACGAAUACGAAUUAGACGAAGAAGAAGUAGAAGAAUUAGACAAUAAAAAGGACUACGACUUUGAUUACGAUCCUUCAAUCGUCACUAGAAAUGCUAGUGGAGACGAGGUUAUUACUAUGGUAGAUAGCAAGAAUUUCGUGUCCACACGAGGCUGGGAUAGUGAAAAGAUUGUCGAUUAUCGUAUCGAUGAAGAUGAAUUCCACAAAAUUAGCUUGUUGGAUUGUGAUUUUUUUAUUCGAAAACCCCCUGACCCCGAUAAUGAUGUUUAUGAUUUUAGAGAGAUGUAUGUUACUCCACCUGAUACUGAUGUUUAUGCUAUACCCAGGGUUUUAGCUCCAAUGCCACAAAAGUAUAUUCGUUGUGCAAUGAGUGAUUAUGGAGGGUACAAUUUCACAGAACCGCCUGUUGAAGCUCCUCGAGAUCCACUAUAUAAAAGUGAGAAGGAAAUUUCAAAGGUUUUCUUGACAAAGCAUUACAGGAAUCGAAGAUUUGGUGACCCAGAAUUUGUGCUAGACUUUGAGGAGAUUUAUGUUAUUGAUUCCAAAACUAAAUCAAUAACCAGAGCAAAAGUAGUGGUCACAGUACCUGGAGGAAGAGACAGGGAAAGAAAGAGCGACUUGCUUGUUAUACGUGAUAAUGGGACAUCCUUCAAAAUAAUUCACACGAGUCAAAAAGAAGAUCCAACCACUGUAAUAGAGAAGGAAGAAUGGGCGAAGAGUAGAAAAGAGAUGGAGAGACAUCUCAGUAAACUGAGGGACUUCAGCGUUUCAAAUUGGUUCUAACGAAUCAGCUUUAUAUGAACACUGCUGCAUGGAGAUCAAGUUUGCUCAUUAUGCAGCUUGGCCAGAACAUGACCAGAUAAAUUAAAGCGUAAUCUUCAGCCGAGCUCGUCUCGAUUUCCGGAGGUCGAGAUGAGAUGAUCACCCAUGAAUGUUAUUGUUCAGGUUUCUGUUUUGUAAGUAGAUGAAAACUUCCUCUGUAGGUAUUCUGUUGCAUUCCUAUGUUUUUGUUCUGUGGUUUUCAUGAAUUUUUGAAAUGACUAUGUAACUAACAGUGGCAGUAAUAUAGUUAUGAGAUGAUUACAUAAA